GUAGAUGCAUAAGCGUAGAAAAAGAAACUUCUCUUGGUCAGGUUUCAACCAAAAGUAGUCGGAACAAUCACCUGAGAGACAAGUCGAAACAAAUAAGGGGAAAACUGACUUGUGCCGGUUUGUCUUCAUGAUGCACGUUACAUGGAAAUGAAUGGGUGAGGAGGAUGGAGUUGACAGAAAGAGGUACCGUCGUGCCUUGCACCUCUUGUACCCCCGUGUGAACUUUGGUUGAGGAAGCCUCUUUCCACUAGCGAUCGAUACAAAAGAGGAAAAAUUUGAAAUUGUCGGCCGACUUAUUACAUUUUUCUAGCCUGAGUUUGCAUAUAAUAAUUGUGCGUUUUUUCUUUUUAAAAAAUCCUCUCUAUUUCAUCACUAUUUAACCUAAUCAUUAACAAAGAGAUCUUGGAGAUCUUGUAGAUCAAUCUUAAUAAUCGAAAGCGACAGAAUUACCCGAGUGUGAAACGAGAUGCAAAUAAAAACUAAAUCACAAAUGGGCCAUUAGGACUUGUUUGAAAUUUGCAUUUGAACCCCGUUUAAAUGUGGUGUUUCGGCAGCUUUCCUGCUCAUGAUGGAAUUCUUUGUCUCGUGACCAACCCUUCGUGAAACUGUUGCAAGUUAAUAAACGGUGCCAAAGGAUCGCAAGAACCCAUGCCUGCAACAAUUCCUUUGCAGGUUUUCGCAGCCGUUCUCUUGGUUCUCACAGGAGCAUUGAUAAACACGUUAGGAGCAAAGGUGCCCGGGAAAACAAGAUGUUCUCGCGCUUGCGGUCUGGACAAAAAGAUGUCUCUCACAAAGCCACCUCAGCUACUAGAUUCAGUCCUCUGCAACCGGUGUCUCAGAAGGAGAUCAGUGAAGCACACCUUUGUGGAAAAGACAAUCUUUCAGCGCCGAAAAAGAUCAACCUUUUCGAAUAAUUGCCUGGGCAGAGCCAAUGAGUCAACACCAGUACCUGAAGAGCAGUUUGCCUCCCGACCUCUUGUAGCCAUUCGGCAAUAUGAAGAUACGGACAACUGGUUCGCAGACGUAUCAUGGGAUCCACUUAAUGAUCCUUAUAAAUACUUGAAAGGACACCUAAUUCGCCUAUUGGUUGGUCCUGGGCCAGAAAUAUUUUGCACUGUACUUCCAAAGAAUCAAACUUCCCUCAGAAUAAACAUCUCACAGUAUGGUUAUCAUUACCCGGAUUAUAUAGAACUUGGGGUGAGUUUUUCUGUCCUUCUGAUUCAAGUGAUUUGGUCCUGUUUUGUGGAUAGGACACUCGAAAAAUGGUCAAUCAUCAGCAUCCCUCAUAAGAAAGACAUCGCAAUGAAUAUUUAUGAUGUCAUCCCAUUACCAUCAUCAGAAUCACCACCAACCAUAUCUACAAAGACAGGAAAAGCAACGACAAAAACUGCAACAACGACAAGAGUUACCAUUACAAGUGAUAAAAUAACGAAAGGUCAGCAGUGUCUCUCGGGGUACUCGGAGGGAAUGCCUGGGAAACCUUUUGAAGUUAACAUGGAGGAGAGUGUUUACAACAGUUAUAAAGUAAUUGCAGUGUUUUCCAAAAACUUGAUGCUCAGUAAUUACUGCAUCCAUGAAUUGGACCUUGCUAAGUAUCACCUUCUUAAAGAAAGAGACGACAGCCUGGUCCUGAUGAGAAUUGAUAAAACGGAUUGUGAGAUGCUCUCUCGGGGAUUGAAGAAACGAAGUUUUAUAGACUAUGCCAAUCCCUUGGAAAAACCUCUCUGGAAAAGCAAACUCAUUAAGUUUCUGGACACCUCUAAUGAUCUUGAUGAAGAAUAUUGCCCGGGCAAAGUGAAUGAAUCAACACCAGUGCCUGAAGAGCAGUAUCCUUCACGACCUUUUGUAGCCAUUCGACGAUACGAAGAUACGGACAACUGGUUCGCAGACGUAUCAUGGGAUCCACUUAAUGUACCAUCAUCAGAAUCAUCACCAACCACAUCUACAAAGACAGAAACGGCAACAAAGGCAACAACGGCAACAACCGCAACAACGGCAACGACGUCAACAACAACAACAACGGCAACAACGACAACGGCUACAACAACAACAACAGCAACGACGGCAACAACGACAAGAGCUUCCACUACUAGUGAUAAAACAACGAAAGUUUCUACUUUGUUUAAGUCUUCUUCAGCAACAACUGCACAGGGAACCCUCUCUAACAAAGAUAACAACAAAGCUAUCAAAUAUGUUUUCAUAUCUGCUGGUAUCCUUGUUGGUCUCCUGGUAGGAAUACUGGUUAUUAUUUUUCGCAGAAAGUUCGUGUCGCGGCCCAUGGAACACAUUUCUAUCUCAGCAGGGUCUAGAAUAACAUUGUCCAGCAGUUCGGGAUCUGAAGAGAAAGAGUUGAAUAGUCCAGGAGUGGAGAGCUACGUAUUCAUUAUGUUUAACGAAAGAGACUGUAAAUGGAUGAAAAACAAACUUCUACACCUUCUUGAAAAACAACAUAAACUAAAAUGCCGAGUUCACUACAGAGACUUUUACCCUGGGAGAGUUUUUUAUGAGACUAUGUCAGAGAGUGUAUACGCAAGCUACAAAAACAUAGUUGUUUAUUCAAAGAACUUUUUAAAAAGUACUAACUGUUGUUAUGAGCUGGAACAAGCGGAGCAACGACUUUUAAGCGAAAAUGACAACAGUCUGGUCAUCAUAAGAAUUGAUGACGCAGAUUUACAAGAGCUUCCUAGAACGUUGCAGAAUAGAAGCGUGAUCGACUAUGACAGUAAUCAUGAAAAACCUUAUUGGGAGAAAAAGCUCCUUCAGUUUCUAAAGGUGCCCGUUGCGGUUAGAUCAGAGAGAAAAAUAGCAACAGUAAUGACAGGCAGACCAGCCGCAUCUGAGGCGAAAAAUGCCCUAGCAAUAACUCGGUACAACAGGCUUGACAGUACAAAAAGCGAUGACACCGUAAUAUCCUCUGUGUAACAGUCUAUUAUAAGUGAAGAUUGGCAUAUAAAGAAUUUGCGCGCAUUUUCUCACAAUUACCGAUGGCUUGUUGCUCAAGUAACAACGGGUUGAUUCCAGAAAACGAAGGACUGAGAGGAAUAUUGCGAAGGAAAAAAGUGAACCUAAGCAAUAACAA